AGAACAUUUUAACACAAGUGAAGUUUGGGCGAACAUAGCUAACGUUAGCUGCGUCGCUGUCCUCUGACGAAUAAAAUAGCUAGCUAUUGUGACACCGUUUGGGCUCUUUUGGACUUUUAGCCAGUCCCUUGACUAUGGAGGUGGUCCGGGUACUUUUGUGUGUCCUGCCUGUGUUUGUUGCUCUAGUCUCGGAGAGGUUUGCGGUGCUGGCUGCCUACUCUCAGUCUUUGGACAGCGACUUCACAUUCACUCUGCCCGCCGGUCGGAAGGAGUGUUUCUACCAGACCAUGAAGAAAGAUGCCUCUCUGGAGAUUGAGUAUCAGGUAUUAGAUGGAGCAGGUCUCGAUGUAGAUUUCUUUAUCUCCUCUCCUUCUGGCCAAGUGCUGUUCAGUGACUACCGCAAGUCAGAUGGAGUGCACACUGUUGAAACUGAGGAUGGAGACUACAUGUUCUGCUUUGACAAUACGUUCAGUUCUGUCUCAGAGAAGCUCAUCUUCUUUGAGUUGAUCCUGGACAACAUGGAUACAGAUGAAGACCCAGACGACUGGAAGGAGUAUGUCCAAGGAACAGACAUGUUGGACAUGAAGCUGGAAGACAUUAUGGACACCAUCAACAAUGUGAAGAGUCGGCUUGGCAAGAGUGUGCAGAUACAGACGCUGCUGAGGGCGUUCGAGGCUCGCGAUCGAAACAUCCAGGAGAGUAACUUUGACAGGGUGAACUUUUGGUCGGUGAUAAAUCUCAUUGUUAUGAUGUUGGUAUCGGCGGUCCAGGUCUACCUAGUCCGCUCGCUGUUUGAAGAUAAAAGGAAAAUUCGUACAUAACGCUACCCCAAACGGAGGGACAGAAAGAGAGAAACUAACACACCACAGAUACCUUCAGGAUUUGUUUUCGCCAGAUCUCCUGGAUUGUGACUUUUAACACAAUGUGUCAUCUAUACACAUACAUAUGCACUCACACAUACACAAACAGACAGACAGACAGACAGACAUUUGGUAUUCUUAAUAACAAAAGUCACCACUGUUAUUGCUCUGGUCUUCAGCCCACUGGAGUUUGAGGGACAGUGGGAGUCCCUGGUUUGGAACAGGAACUGUAAGCCCCUCUACUUUGAAAACUCAGUCUCUUUGUUACAGAGAAAAAAUCCCUUUGUCUCUCUUCAAAACGUGUAUAUUGUUUUAUAGUCCUAUAGUUGCUGUAAUUCUUCACAGAAAGUGACAUAACAAGCAUGUUUAUGAUGUGACUAUUUUUCUAACGGAGCCUAAAGUUACGAGGAAACUUGCCAAUUGCAAAAAUGUCCUCUUUUCUUUGGACGUGUUUUUAUUUGAGCUAAACAAGAUGAAGAAAUGGUUUGGUGUCUGAAAAUUUGUAUUCAUUUUUGCCAAACAGGAGUGGGAAUUGCAAUCAGUUAUGUCUUCCCAAUGUCCUUCCUCUCCUACCUUUUGUGUGUUACUAAGACAUCCCAGUGCUUUGUAUUUAGCCGCUGGCCUCCUGCCAGCCUUUUAGGCCUUUGAAUAUUUCUACCUUUGCCAUUGACAUUUAUGUUGUCUCACUUUUCCCUUUCAUGCCAAUACUGAAAAGUCAGGUGUUUCGGUAGGGCCACGCUGCUAAUGCUGCUCUUUGGCACCCAAGGGACCAGGGAGUAGGAGAAAAGGAAAUGGGCCAUCUCCAAAUUCUCUUAAUGACUACUAUGCGAUGACUUGUGGGCUUGUGGCAGCCAGCUUCGUGCCUCACGGCUGCUGGCGGGUGUCUGCUUACAGCCACCUACUGUGUGAAGAUGUUGAGCCUGCCUGUCUCUCUGGUGACAGAAGUCUAUUUUUAUCUUACUGACACCUGGAAGGUCAUUACCACUACUACAUGGGUGCACUGCUCAGUUUAAUAUGCACGUACCAUUCACUGCCUUGGCUACGUUCUUUUUAAAUUCUCGUAUCUAUGUGUUUUGUUUGAUAUUCAUAUUUUGUUAGACAUCAUUACAAAUUAAUACCAGAUCAUUGCACUGCCUCUGAUGCCACAGAACAACAUCUUUUUUUGUCAUCUUCUUACAGAAUAAGUUAACAGUUAAGAUUAUUGUCGGCCCUCCAGAAACAGAAGGUCCACAGCUUGUCUUGAUAUGUGAGUGAAGGAGCACUGCUCAGGAUGUUUUCAUUGGUUGCUUGUAUAGUAUUAAGACACUACUGUGGUUUGUGAUUAUGGUGACUGCUUCUUUAUUGUUAUUACGGCGCUCCACAGAUGAAACUUGGUUACUCACUAUCCUGGCUGGAAGCUCCAUGAUGCCUCUAAAGAUAAAGAUCAUACAAUGAGUUCAUUCCUUCAUAAUUUAACAGCCUUAUGUUAGAAGUUUCUGAUUAUUCUAAUUAUACAAGUUUACCAUACAGUAUGCACAUAUUGUAGGUCUCUGCAAUGUCAUACAUGUCAUGUGGAUGUUUACACAGUACUUGUAAGAAAUGGUCAUCUGCUGCCUCAGUUUAAGUGCUUAUUACGAUCUCUUAUUCCUCUGUCUACCUGAUGUCACUGUGGUAUCCAGUGUUUAACUGAAGUACUGUAUGGUGAGAUUCUGUCUUGGAUUACUAAUAUGAAGUUAAUGAUUACUUUAAAGUGCUUCAAAGUUCGAUAAAAAUAAAAGACUAAUAUUCUAAAGGUAUUUCUAAGUUACUGGGUAGGAGAUUGCUAAAGUUUCUAAGUCAACACCCACACUGUCUUUGAAAAUUAUUUUUACUACCCUGAUGGAGCAGUGGGGUCGGGAGGGGGAUGUGACGUCAUAAGAUAUUUAUUCAACUAAUGUCCUGUAGUUGUAAAUGUGUAUAAAUUAAACAAUCAAAUUUUUCUGA